GAGUAGCUCUGUGCUUUUCCUCCAUGACUUUUUCUUUUUCGUGCGUGGGUUCGUGCGCGCGCAUGUGACAUCACUGGUGGGACUGGCUGACUGGGGUGGAGAGUCUCCUCCACAGACUACAGAGGUACAAGGAGAGGAGGAGAGUAGAGGACGCAGGGAGAGUUUCCAUCAGCCACGGAGCUCAAAGCCGGGCCAAUAUCUCCACCACAUCCCGGAGGACUCGGGAAACUGCAGCGCCCCAUCCCACAAAGUGUCCAAACACCUGCAAUGGAAGGGGGCGUGGAGUGUCAAGAGUUUUAGAUCACAGUUUGACGGAAUGAAGUUUGGAAAAAGCAUCUGCGUGCUGAACGUAGGGGGAACCCGCUACGCCUUCACCCGGGAGGUGAUCAGGGAUUUCCCUCUCAGACGCGUCAGUCGCCUGCAUGCCUGCGCAACAGAGAAAGAGGUCCUGGAACUGUGCGACGACUACGACCGGGACCGGAAUGAGUUUUUCUUCGACCGCCACGCUCAGGCUUUCGUCUUCAUCAUGCUUUACGUGCGCUCCGGUAAACUCCGCUUUGUGCCCGGAGUGUGUGAGCUCUCCUUCUACACAGAGAUGCUCUACUGGGGGCUAGAGAGUGCUCACUUGGACUCCUGCUGCCAGAAGCGACUGGACGACAGGAUGUCCGAAAUCGGAAUGGACACUUUGUCGGAGGGCGAAAUUGGGGGGACCGGGGAUGAGUCCCAGAGCCCUGGUGACUCCGUAGAGCGCAGUGCGCUCGCGGGCCGCGAAAGAUGGCUUGAGAUGAUGCGCAAAGCAUUCGAGGAGCCAAACUCUUCCAUUGUUGCGCAGCUUUUGGCUUCAGUAUCCGUGAUCUUUGUGAUGGUGUCUAUGAUCAUGCUGUGCGCCAGCACCCUGCCGGACUGGGACACUGCCAAGAGAAACACUGUGGAGGAGCACAGGAUCGUGGAGGCCGUGUGCAUCGGUUGGUUCACAGCUGAGUGCAUAGUGCGCUUUCUGGUCGCCAGAAACAAGUGGGACUUCCUCCGUCGGCCCCUUAACAUCAUCGAUGUGAUCGCCAUCACACCCUACUAUGUCACCAUGGCGAUGGCCCGGGCAGGGAUGCCGGGUGCUGGGCUGGGCGUCGCUGGGGUCAUACUGCGUGUGCUGAGGAUGAUGCGAGUCUUCUGGCUCAUGAAACUGGCCAGACAUUUCCUGGGUCUGCAGACACUGGGGCUGACACUGAGACGCUGCUACAGGGAGAUGGUCAUGCUAAUGGUGUUUGUCUGUGUGGCCAUGGCAAUAUACAGUGCUCUGGCCCAGCUGCUGGAACACGGCUUGGACUUGGGCACACAGAACCAGGAUUAUGCCAGCAUCCCGGCCGCCGCCUGGUGGGUCAUCAUCUCCAUGACGACAGUGGGAUAUGGAGAUGUGUACCCUGUGACAAUCGGGGGACGGGUGCUCGGGGGAAUGUGCGUCGUCAGUGGCAUUGUCCUCCUGGCACUUCCCAUCACGUUCAUCUACCACAGUUUUGUACAGUGCUACCAUGAAGUCAAAUUCCGCUCUGCACGAUGCACACGCAGCCUGUCAGCAGAGAUACUGCGGUAAACAUUUCUACUAUACAUCUGUGAAUUUACUGUCAACAGAAAGACACUCAACAAACCAGUGAUGCUGAUCCCAUUGUGAAAUGAUGGUUAACCUUUCUUGUCACUUGAGUUAUUUUAAUACAAACUGAAAGCAGCAGUCAACCACCAGCACGUACCUCUGUUGGUGGUAAAAAAAAACAUUAUAAAUAAAAGGCUUUGGAAUUAUUGGCCUAAAUCCCACUUGAUUUGCAAUGUCAUUAAAAUGUCCUUGGUAAUGUAUUGUCUUGGUUACUUGUUUCAAGUCUGUUUCACCAGAACAUUGUGUCCAUUUUGUUAAUUAUUAUCUACCAUCUAAAAGGAGCCUGAAUGCAAGUCAUCUUUGUCCAGGUUAAAAAAAAAUGUAACGUGAAUUUAGGAACAAAGGAAUUGGUUGCCCUACAGUGAUGUCUUAUGUAGGGUCUGCAUUUUUGCAGAACUGUAUUUUCAUAAUCUACCUUCAAAGAUAUUCAUCAAUUCAACAAUUCCUUCAAAUCUUUGCUGAAUACAGGAAAGAGGAAGUGGAAAUUUCCUCACAGCAUCAACAAUGACUGAAGUAAUGACAAUUGCACUUGAGUUUUGUCCCAGCUGACUUCAACAUAACAGCUGCUGAUUUGCUAUUCAAACAUUUCAGUACAAUGUUGAUUAUGCCUUGUUGUUUUUUUAUUUUAUUUUGCAGUGUAAUUCAUCUUCAUCCUAUCCUAACCACUAAGUCUGUAUUGUUACCAAAAUAAGAUUUUUAUGUGUGGGGAAUUUUUGUGUUGCGUUCAAAACAAACCAACAGUGUGGCCUUGUUGAAGUGCUUUUAAACCUCAAAUUUGACAUUUUCUUGUCAUGCUCAAAUAAAUAUUUAAACACACAUAAAAAGCGACAGCCCCUUGUAUGGUCACACAUUGUUCAGAGCUUGUCAAGCGUCUGUUUGUUUGCCGUCGUCUUUCAGCCGUGCCUGUCUCACUGACAUCAUGGUUUGAACAGAAUAAUGGGAAUACAGACGUUAUUAUUUAUUAAACACACACACACGCAGUCAGUCCAGUUUUGACAGCGGCUGCUGUUUAUAUUGUAUUCCCAUGGUUACAAUAAUGGCAGGGAAGGCAGCUACUUUGUCUGCUGCGUCACACGCUAAAUGUACAUGUAUGUAUGUGUUUUUGUAUGUGUUGUUAUGACCAUUGUCCAACCGUUAUGCCUAGAUCAAUAAUCUUCAACUGAUCUUCAAAUCUGGCUCGCCAAACCGUUAAAUCCAGCCCGCUACUGGAUUCCAAAUCUGUGAGCGUCAAAAAGAAAAUACUGAGUGGUCCCCACUAUUAAAGCAACUGAAAUAAAACAACUACUGAGACACAAAUAACUAUCAUUAUCCACACCAUUUUUGGCUUUAUUUAUAUUCCGUUAGACCAAAUUAGAUAUGUAUUUAAUUUUAUUCGAGCAUCUCCCAUGUGUUUGACAAAUAAAUGGUAUAGAUGGCACAGUGCUGAUGCGAGACCUAGAUGCGUUCGGUAUAGCCCUAGAAAUGAGAAAUAAAUAAAGUGAGAGUGAAAAGUGGAUUAGGAAGGGUAUCUAGGGGUUUAUUGUGUACAGGUAGGUCAAGCAAGAAGAGAUUAGAUACAAAAACCAAGAUAGACCACAGUGAAUUGUGAGGUACUUUGUAUUUCCGUGUCUCCAAGGCAACCUCGUCCUCCGGCACGUCAAUCAUAAUGGAGGUUGAUAUGUGUGCACACAAAUAGGCCACAUCCUGCGACUCUCCUGGUUUGCAUGAAGCAAUUUUUAUCUUGUAAUUAAACGGGGGAAAAGUGCCUCCAUUCCCUUAAUGAAAACAGACAGGUGUGUGUGGGGUGGGAGGGCAGCUGAGCAGCAUGGGCAGUCACAGACGACGACUCCGAGAUUUGUGAUUCAGACAUGUUUGCAGUGGCCUUGGUUAGCCAAGAUGAUAUGAUUUGUUGAAGAGACACAUGAUCCAAACAAACAAGUCAACACCUCUCCCACACAACAGCCUUUCUCUGCAUCUCCUCGCAUCUUUCUUCUGUUGCUGUUAUCCGUCUUUUAGUACAAAUGUGCACUUCUAGCACAGGCACAUACACACACACCCAUAAGGACAUACACACAAGAGGGUGUCAGCCUGUUCUAAAAUUUAAAGGCUGUGUUUUUCCCCGUAAACUUUGUGGACAUGUGAGAGUUUACAACAUAAAAGCACAACAUUCAUAUUUCAGUAUUCAUGUUGUAUUGUUGUUGUAUUUUUAGUUGUGUUAUUGUGACAAUGUAAAAGAUUAUGGUGUUUUUAUAACUUUGUUUACACCAAAUCAUUUCAACUCAUUUGGCGGAGUUUAUGGCUCAGCUAAUUUUUGGCCCAUUCUGAUUGAAAAUUAAAACCAUUUUCAUCAGUUGUCUUUGGAAUUACCUUUUAAUUAAUUUUAGAGAUAGGUUUGGUUUCACAAUAAAAAAAUUGAGAUUUCUGGAUGUAUUAUUGUACAGAGUACAAAUCAAACAUUAGAAAAGAUUAGAAAAGAUGUGAAUCAUCAGGCACAAAAGUGAAUAUGUGAUAGUUACAAAAACACACCUGGAGUUAUAAUGUCUCCAAUGCUAUGUAAUCACAUUCAUGAACUAAAUGCACAAUACAAUUAUUGUUUACAGAUAUCACACAC